GAGCAUUCUACAGGCUCAGCUCCUCCAAAGGCACAGCAGAAACUGGAUUUUGUAAAGUACACCAAGAAGCUCCUUUUUAGAAAACAGUUUUGAGACCAUCCACAAUCUUUUUCCUCUGCCUUCAGUUGUGUUUGCCAUUUCUUUAAAGAAGCAUGUGCACGGGAGGUUGUGCCAAGUGCCUGGGAGCCACUCUUAUCCCCCUGGCUGUGCUAUGUACCCUCGCUAACAUUCUGUUGUUUUUCCCUGGAGGAACAGUCGUUGAAAACACUGAAAACAUUACAGAUGAGGUUUGGUGGUUCGGAGGGAUCUUGGGAUCUGGCAUAUUGAUGAUCUUUCCUGCCUUGGUAUUUUUGGGCCUUAAGAAUAAUGAUUGCUGUGGCUGCUGUGGUAAUGAGAGCUGUGGGAAGAGGUUUGCGAUGUUUUCUUCUAUAAUAUUCGCUGCAGUUGGAGUUCUGGGAGCUGGGUACUGCUUUGUUUUGUCAGCAGUAGCCAUAAACAGAGGCCCUAAAUGCAACACUGGAGACGAAUGGACCUAUCCUUUCCAGAAUGGGGAACACCUCACAAACCACACGCUGUGGGACAGGUGUCAGUCACCUGAAAACAUCGUCCUGUGGAACCUGACACUCUUCUCCUUGCUGCUGGUCAUGAGUGGGAUCCAGGCAGUGCUCUGUGGCAUCCAGGUGGUGAACGGGCUCUUUGGAACAAUCUGUGGGGACUGCCAAUGCUGUGGAUGUUGUGGGGGAGAUGGAACCGUGUAA